AAAAGAAGAAGUGGAGUACCCUUCAUUCCCUCGCGGCGUAAAAGAAAGAGAAAUCUCCCGGGGGCGUCUCGUCGUCUCCUCCGCUCCGCUCCUUGCGCCAAGACGAGUCGCGGCUGCCGAUCUCCAUCUGCGCGAGCAGAGCAGAGCAGAGCAGGGUAUCCUGGACCUGAUCUGGAUGAAGCUCUUCUCCUCCUUAAUUCCAGAGCCUUAACCUCUCUUAAUACAAGCAAGUAGUAACAGUUUGUUUGUAGCCCCAAACAAGUUGGAUCCGAUCGAAACUGUGUAGGGAAGAUGGAGGAGAUCCAGAUCACUUGGAGAAGGAAAAAUCAGGGCCCACUCCUUGUGAUUAAGGGAUUGUCCCGGGGAGCUUGGUGCACACAGUGAUGGAGCCACGCAUCGGCAACAAGUUCCGUGUUGGCCGCAAGCUGGGGAGUGGCUCCUUCGGGGAGAUCUACCUUGGUACCAAUGUUCAGACCAACGAGGAGGUCGCUAUUAAGCUCGAAAAUGUGAAGACCAAGCAUCCACAACUGCUGUAUGAGUCGAAGCUGUACAGAAUACUCCAGGGAGGAACUGGAAUUCCAAAUGUUAAGUGGUUUGGUGUCGAGGGUGAUUACAAUGUUUUGGUAAUGGACUUACUAGGACCAAGCCUUGAAGAUCUUUUCAGUUUUUGUAACAGGAAGCUGUCUCUAAAAACUGUUUUGAUGCUUGCUGAUCAAAUGAUCAAUCGCGUCGAAUUUGUUCACUCCAAGUCUUUCUUGCAUAGAGAUAUUAAGCCAGAUAAUUUUCUCAUGGGCCUAGGUAAAAGGGCAAAUCAGGUCUAUGUCAUAGAUUUUGGACUUGCAAAGAAGUACAGGGAUACAUCAACACACCAGCACAUCCCAUAUAGGGAGAACAAGAACUUGACGGGAACAGCAAGAUAUGCAAGUGUAAACACUCAUCUUGGAAUUGAACAAAGCCGGAGGGAUGACAUGGAAUCUCUUGGAUAUGUACUGAUGUACUUCUUGAGAGGAAGCCUUCCGUGGCAGGGUCUAAAAGCUGGGAACAAGAAACAAAAAUAUGAGAAAAUCAGCGAAAGGAAAAUUGCUACUUCAACUGAGGCCCUCUGUCGUGGAUAUCCUACUGAAUUUGCAUCUUACUUCCAUUAUUGCCGCUCGCUGCGCUUUGAAGAUUCGCCAGACUACCAAUAUUUGAAGAGAUUGUUCAGAGACCUUUUUAUUCGAGAGGGAUUUCAGUUUGAUUAUGUUUUUGACUGGACAAUCCUGAAGUAUCAACAGUCACAGAUGACCAGUGCUCCACCACGUGCCAUUGCCCCUGCAACAGGACAAAGCUCGGCGAUGGCUCCUAUAGCAAAUAAUAACAGGCUGUCAGCCACCGAAGAGGGAAGGAGAAGCGGCUGGUCAGAUAUGGAUGCGAUGCGGCGUCAGGUUCCACCUCCAGCUAUAAAUGCAGGCAGCCUAGCCAAGCAGAAGUCCCCUAUCGGACAUGAGCAAUCAACUUCUAAAGAUGCAGUGUUCUCCAGUUCGACUUUUUUGGGACGGUCAAGCGGAUCCUCAAGGCGACCUGCUGUCUCUAGUAGCCGAGAACCAAGCACUGAAGCUGACCAGUCACGUAGUCGUACAACAGAUGCAAGUCCGGGGGCAUUCCAAAGAUCAGGGGCCCCGCGGUGGAGUCCACAGAUGGUUGACUCCUCUGACAACAGGCGCACGCCUUCUGGCAGGCAUCCAUCGAAUGCUAAGAACUACGAGUCGACCAUACGGGGCAUCCAGGGCCUAAAUUUCGAUGGCGAUGAUAGGAUUCAGUACUAGUAUGUCUCAAUCUUGGCGGUGUGCAUAUCAUCAGAGCCCCUACUCCAUGGGUCACGCCUGCUGAAGUGGAGUACUAAAGACCGGAAAAUAAGAGGUUUGGUUGGUUCUAAGGGGCUUUGGCCCUUAGCAACUGUUUGGUGGACUCAUGGCAAUGCUUAGGCUGUUUGUACAGGUUCCCAUUUGUUUUCAUUGCGCGGACAUGUGCCCCUUGAAUCUUGUUGUAUUUGGAGAGAUUUCUGCAUGCAGGGCUCUCAUGCCAUGUGCUUCUUUGGAAACUGGAAUUGGAUGACCGGUGGGGGAAGUUGGGGGAUGCUUUUUUAAAGUUUGAAUAUUAGGGAGAGGUGUCCAGCCUCUUGUAACUUAUGGACAAGGAAAACUGCUAUGAGAAGAAGGGUUAUGUAUGCUGUUUGUCACA